AUGCCCGUGUUAGAUGGACGGCUCUCUCAGGGCCCCGCUGCCCCCGCAGCAGGAAGAGCGUCCGGGCCUGAGGGGGGCUUCGGGCCUCGCAAGCGCGAGGAACGGUUUUUCCGGAUCUCGGGCAGCUGUGAGCUCAAUGGCCAACGCCUGAUCGACAUUCAGCAAGCGCGAGGAACAGUUUUUCUGGAUCUCGGGCAGCUGUGA